AUGGUGUGCAAUCUCUUUGCACCACCUCUUUGCAACCACAGUAGAAGUAGCUCUAGAAUUUUCAGAAGUCCAACAACAAUCAUCAUGUCUAUUUGCCUUAGUUCGUCUCUCACAGAACACAUAGCCGCGCACAGCCCACCGCCAUCCGCUCUUCUCUUCUCCGUCGGACCAUCCAUCUCCAUCCGCUCUUCUCUUUUCCGUCGGACCAGUCACCGCCAUCCGCACCGCCCCGCAGCUGUCGGACCAAACUCUUCUCUUCUCCUCUUCGUCUUCUUCUCUCUACAGCCGUCGGACCAGCCACCGCCAGCCGCACCGCCUUUCCGUCGCUCAGCCGUACUUCCGCAACCACCUACAUUGCUUGAAAAUCUAGAUGUAAUGUUAAAUCAUGGUCCCAAUGCUUGGAAGCUAUACAACCAAAGACUGGAGGCUUUUUUAGCCAGAAUGCAGUCACAGGCUGUUAAGUUAAAUGAAGAGAUUGAAAGCGUAAAUCGAGAAAGGAAAUAUCACCAGCAAAACACUGCAUACGAGCUGAAUUCUUUGUCCACACAAUGGAGUGAGCUCUGUUUGUAAAAUACAGAAAUCCAAGCUGCAUGUUAUCAGAUUCAAAAUCAUAUUGAAAGGCUGAAGGAGGAAGCUAAAGAGAGAGGCUGGGAUCUGGAAAGUAAAAUGGAGAAUGGUUCAUUGUUCUCUGCAGAAAAGUGAGUUGUGGUAUGUGAUUCAAAUUACUUCCAGUUUUCAGCUUUAAAUUUUUAUUUUUAAAAAUUUUAAAUGAUGGCUUGCACUAUUUUACAUGAUGGAAAGAAGAGAGAACAGAUAAUGUAGGCAUGCUUUAGAGUAGUUGAGAUAUGUGCAGUAGGACACUAAGACAGUAAGACCACACAAUUUUAUUAGCAUAUCAGCUUACAAGAAGUUUGUUUCUAGUUAUUACUAUCUUAAAUUGGACUGCCAAAUUUCAUGUCAAUUUAAGCUCUGUAUUCUGCUCGGUUUUUGUUGGAUGAUAUGCUUAGACUUGGAACAAUUCUACUUCUUCCUCAGCAUAAAACUUUAUAUUUUAGUGUAUUUUCUGGACUCUGCUUCAAAGACAUGGCAUAUUCCUUGUUCUUUGCCUUCCCAAUAAUCAUUCAAUUGCUUUUUUAAGUCACAGCAUCCCAGCUGCAUCUAUUUGCCCUCUUUCAGAUUGGAGAUAUAUGUUAAACAGCACAAAGGUAAAUUAUCUAUGGAGAUAAAUGUGUGAUGUACAACUUAGAACAAGAGAUAAAAGAGAAGAAAUUUGGCUUGAAUCUUGCUAGCUUUUCUCUUCAAAUAUAAUGGAAAUUUUAUAUUGGCUUUUAGAGGUUGGAAUUAUACAUAUCAAA